AUGGAAAAGAGUUCCUUGCCAGUUGCUGAGCAGUGUGCAUGGGCACUGGGAAAUGUUGCUGGUGAAGGAGAGGAGAUGAGAAAUAUUCUGCUGUCACAAGGAGCCUUACCACCUCUUGCAAGAAUGAUGCUUCCAAACAAGGGUUCAACUGUGAGAACAGCCGCUUGGGCGUUGUCGAACCUUAUCAAGGGCCCAAAUCCUAAAGCGGCAACUGAACUCAUAAGAACCAAUGGAGUACUUGAUGCAAUUCUCCGGCAUUUGAGGAACGCGUGUGUGGAAUUGGCAACUGAAGUAGCAUGGGUUGUAGCUUAUCUCUCCGCCCUUUCAAAUGUUGCACCCAGUAUGCUGAUAAAGAGUAAUAUCCUUCAAUUCCUUGUGGAAAGAUUGGCAAAUUCGAGCAGUUUGCAAUUGCUCAUUCCGGUGUUGCGAAGCUUAGGUAAUCUUGUGGCUGAUAAUGUCAUAUCUGUGCUAAUUAAAUGUCUCAAGAGUGAGCAUCGCGUCUUAAAAAAGGAGGCAGCUUGGGCACUAUCCAAUAUAGCUGCUGGUUCUGUUGAACACAAGCAGUUGAUAUAUUCAAGUGAGGCAGUGCCACUGUUGUUACGCCUCCUUUCUACAGCACCAUUUGACAUAAGAAAGGAAGUAGCACAUGUUUUGGGUAACCUCUGUGUUGCUCCAGCGGAAGGUGCUGGGAGGCCAAAUUUGAUUAUGGACCACUUGGUUUCGCUCAUUAACAGAGGAUGCCUUCCUGGCUUUAUCGAUCUAGUGAGAUCGGCUGAUAUUGAGGCUGCAAGACUAGGACUUCAAUUCUUGGAGCUGGUUCUGAGCGGAAUGUCAAAUGGAGAGGGCCCAAAACUUGUUGAGAGAGAAGAUGGGAUUGAUGCCAUGGAAAGAUUCCAGUUCCAUGAAAAUGAAGACCUCAGAAACUUGGCUAAUGAGUUAGUUGACAAGUACUUUGGUGAGGACUAUGGGCUUGACGAGUAG